AAAGCAAUCUUUAUCACAUGCUGCUAUUUACGUAUUCAUCGUAUAUAGAAAUUCAACGCAAAACUCAUCAGUUAGUCUUAGUCUGACAAGCUAACGCUUCGGACCAACUUACUGGCGGAAUUCUAAAGCACAGAUUUCAUGCUUAUAUUCGAGACGCCAACAAAUAAAUCAAUAAAUUCAUUGAAAUACAUAUAUACGGUGAUUUAGUUAUUUCAAGGGGCAUAAGUGAGAUGCUUAUUUACAGAAUACACAAUGAUUUACUAGUUCUUAUCUUAUCUCUAGUGAAUAGCAUUUCAAAACGCACGAGUGAUUAUUUGUGCUUCUAAACAGAUCAAUACUUAGAGAAGCUUCAAUUGAUUAUGUUACAAGUUCAAUGUUUUGACACGAAUAAAAUGGUCUCAAAAGAAAUUCCAGUCAAGGAAACAAAACAUCGCGCCAAGUGUAGCGACAUAGCAGUGAUCUCAACAUCUUUAAUCCUGGCUGUGAUGUCUUUUACAAUUGGAUUUGUUGCACAUAGAUACGAGCUUACAAAAAUAAUUUUGGAUGAUCGAUUAAAAAUGAGAGAAUUUACACCUCAUUUCAAAUGGUGGCAAGAUACUUCUGAUGUUUUGGUUACAUGUAAAGUUUACGUAUUUUCCGUGACAAAUGCAGAGCGAUGGAUGGAUAAGUUAGAUAAUCAGUUGAAUUUCGAGGAGGUAGGACCCAUAGUAUACCGUGAAUCGUUGGAUCAUCUUGAUGUAGUUUUUCAUCCUCAAAACUCAACAAUUUCAUACAACUCCAAAAGACAGCUCCAUUUUAUGCCAGAAUUUAAUGAAGAUGGAAUACUUAACAAAACUAUUACUAUUCCUAAUACUGCUGUACUCGCAAUGGCAGCAAAAUUACAAAAUUCGAGUUUAUUCGUAAAAUGGGGCUACAAAUUGAUUCUAUCUAGCUCCGGUGAUAAAGUUUUUAUGAAUACAACAGUUUACAACUACCUCUGGAAUCAAACAAGUCCAAUCAUGAAGUCAGCCAAAAAGAUUGUUCCAUUUAUGGUUCCUGUUGAAAAUAUUGGCACCUUGAAUGUGAUGUACAACGACUAUAACGAUAGAGUGAACGUUCGGCAUGGACUACAACAUGGAGAUGAUCAGUUCUUCAUGAUCAAUUCAUACAGGAACCGGCCAACUGUUCCUGGAUUCAUACCUGAAAAUGGUGAUUGUUUUGCAUCCAUCGUGAACUCAUCAGAGGGAGCUCUAUACCAGCAGAAUUUGGACGAAAAUUCCAUCAUUAUAUACUGGAGAAGGACACUUUGUCGUGCAGUACCUCUCUACUUUGAAAGGAAAGUUCAACGUGGACCAUUACUCGGCUAUGAAUAUGUUCUUCCCGACAACUCAUACGAUCGAUUAAUGAACGGUACUGAGGACUGCUACAAAGGACAAAAUAGUUUUCUGGAAAAUGGCAUGACGGAUAUGUCUAAAUGUUAUAAUGAUUUUCCCGUAGCUGCCACAAGCCCACACUAUUUCGCAAGGAAUCUAUCGAUGGCAAAGAAAAUAUCCGGAAUGCGUCCGGAUCGCGAGAAACAUUACAGCUAUACAAUUGCUGAUCCAACCCUCGGUAUUCCAAUAGAUCAACGUGCUCGAACGCAGAGCAAUCUAGUAAUUCCUGAGUUAAACGGGUUUUCAGAUGACAUUCAGAUGUUUAGCAACAUGAUUCUGCCUAUGUUCUGGAUAGAAUAUCACCAAAAUGAAUUACCUCCACGUAUCAUCAAGACCAUACGGAUGUUCCACAUCGUUAAGGAUAUUCAAUCGUAUAUACCAUACUUCUUUUAUACAAUAUUUCUCCUUUUGUUAACUGUGGCAUCACAUAGAGCUCGGAAAAUCGACAGCAUCAAUGAGAAGACACGCUUCGCUCCUUUUAUUGGAAAUCGCUCAAAUAACACUGUUUGUCAUAACAAUAACAAUUCGGAUAUAAUAAAAGAUUGAUCCAGCUGAUUUUUAGUC